UUUUUUUUCCUGGCGGGCUGCGCGUGAAAAACUGACAUGAUGACAUCCACCCGCCAGUGCCCGCCUUCCUUCCCGGUGUCUGUUCAAAUAGCAAUGCCCUAAAAACCUCCGGCCGCCGAGCCCGGGACCCACACCACAGCUCUUCUCCCGGGGAAGAGAAGGCAGGAGGGCUUCCGGAGUCUUGGGGAGGAUGGCGGAGGCCGGGGAGCCGCCGGGGGGCCCCCUUUAAAGAGGCCCUUCUCCUGGAGGAGCCUUCUUUGGGCCACGCGUGGACGGGAGUCUCCCCAGGAUGCCGCCCCACCUGGCGCUGCUGGGCUUGCUCUUGGCGGCACUGGGGCUGCUUUGGCCGGCGGCGGAGGCGCGACCGGAGCCCAGCAGGAGGCGGCAGCAGCAGCUCCAGCAGCUCUUGGACCCCGGGCGAUGCGCCUUGCCCCGAGCGCAAAAAGACUUGAACUCUUUCCUCUGGACAAUCCGGAGAAACCCUCCUGCCUAUCUCUUUGGUACCAUCCAUGUGCCUUACACUCGUGUGUGGGACUUUAUCCCAGAUAACUCCAAGGCUGCUUUUCAGACCAGCUCCAGCGUGUACUUUGAGUUGGAUCUCACUGACCCUUACACCAUCUCUGGCCUGGCCAGCUGUCAGCUGCUGCCUCAUGGGGAGAACUUGCAAAAUGUGCUUCCCCGGGACCUUUAUCACCGUCUCAAGCGCCACCUUGAGUAUGUCAAGUUGAUGCUGCCUCACUGGAUGACCCCAGACCAAAGGGGCAAAGGGCUUUAUGCUGAUUACCUCUUCAAUGCUAUUGCUGGAAACUGGGAGCGCAAGCGACCUGUCUGGGUGAUGUUGAUGGUCAACUCCCUCACUGAGACAGACAUCCGCUCCCGGGGUGUCCCUGUACUGGACCUCUAUUUGGCUCAGGAAGCAGAGAGGAUGAAGAAAAGGACAGGAGCUGUGGAGAGAGUGGAAGAGCAAUGCCAUCCUCUGAAUGGGCUGAACUUCUCCCAGGUGCUGUUUGCUUUGAACCAAACACUACUACAGCAUGAAAGUCUUCGAGCAGGCAGCUUACAGGCCCCUUACACCACUGAAGAUCUUAUCAAGCACUACAACUGUGGAGAUCUCAAUGCUGUCAUAUUCAAUCAUGAUACUUCACAGCUCCCAAACUUCAUCAACACUACUCUUCCUCCACAUGAGCAGGUGACAGCACAAGAAAUUGACAGUUAUUUCCGGCAGGAACUCAUCUACAAGAGGAAUGAAAGAAUGGGGAAAAGAGUGAUGGCUCUCUUAAGAGAGAACAGUGACAAGAGUUUCUUCUUUGCCUUUGGAGCAGGUCACUUCCUGGGCAACAACACGGUUAUUGAUGUGCUAAGACAAGCUGGAUUUGAAGUGGAACAUAUACCUGCAGGACAACCAAUAGAAAAGGCAAACAUCAAUCCCUCCUCAAGAGGCUCCUAUGCAACAGCUGCACCUACUCUACAGUUUUUUGAACAUGUGCACUCACCUUCUUCUUCAGUCCUUCCUGGUUCCAGUGAAGAAGACAGCAUUUCUCCACACCUCCUUCUCCCAGACAGCAUCAGUCAGCUGGAGGAGUUUGGACGGCAAAAGAAGUGGCACAAGAAGCAGUAUAAAAACCACCGCCAAAGACAGUUUAAUGACUUAUGGGUCCGAAUAGAAGAUGGCACAACAAGCAUGCCUUCAUACAUCAGGACAACAAAUAGCUAUAUUCCAGUUAACCCAUCCAUUUGGUUUUCAAACCAGCCGGAGCAGCAGCCACAUCCAGACCUUGCAUUCCGCCAUCAACUGAAAAGCUCAGCUAUUGGCAGUGUCAUAGCAUCACCCUUAACUAUUUCUAUCUGUGUGACAGUGGCUUCUUUUCUGCUGGAUCUACUGAAUCUCUCUUGACAAAGCAAGAAUUCUUAAGUGCAAUAUCCGGAAAAGAGAAGGACAGUCUUCCAUCUGAUAGUAUUUGUUCCUAAUGAAUAGUUUCACCUAGGCCUUCCAAGACAAGGAGCAAUAAGCACCUCAAACUGGUAUACAUCUCUCUUUUGCCCAGAUAUUAUUUUGAAACUCUAAAGCUUUAUUUUAUACACUGACUUAACAUCUUCUUUUUGUAGAAGGAUCUUUAUUUCCCAUACUGCUAUGGGGGGUUUGUAAUAUAUAUAUAUAUUUAUAUAAAUAUAUAUAUAAAAGAAAAAAUUGUGUAUUUAUUCAAUCGAUAAACUUAUUUUUGUCAUUGCAAAAUGUUAUCCUUGUUCAAAAGUAGCUGCAAAGUUGCAAAUUGCAUUCUCAAUCAUUGCUAGAUUCUUAAUAAACAUUAAUAUUAGCAGAAUUAUUAUUAAGAUGGCAUAAUAUUGAGACCAUUCAAACUUUGAAUUUUCUCCUGAGUCAUAUUUUCAAGGGCUUCUUAAAUCAGCUGAUGUAGCAUAAAACAAAGAUCAUUUCAACUUUCCAUUUACAUUUCUAGUUCCCACAUCAACAGGAAAAGAGGAAAUUGACAAGAUUUUCACCUCUGGAGCAGGAUUCAUGUUCAACAAUGAGGUCUACUUUAGAUAGAUGAGUCGGAGGACUGUGAUACGAUGAUGCUGAGCUAUAUCACUUGUUGACAAAUUAUCCUUCCAGUAUACAUCUGAAAUUCUCUGAAUGUGAAAAUCAUAUGCCUGAUGUGUAAUAAGAAAUAAUUAUAAGGAGGUCUGUUUUUCCCCAUUUCUAUGGAGUUACCACAUACUGCCUCAUUGAUUAAAAUUUCCCUGUGUAAUUAUAAGAGCUAAAAACCUAUUUCCUUGAAAGUUAAAAUUAAAGCUAUGAUUCCAAAAGAAAGCAGAGUAUGGUCGAUCCUAUCACUGCUGCAGUGAGCCAGAGGUUCAUAUGCUCUUUUGAUGCUCCAUCUCUCCUUAAACAUGUCUGUUCAGAAAAAUCAUAUUUUUCUCUUGCACAUAACCAACAAACAAUGGUUUACUAUGUUCAAGACUUCAACCAGCCAAGUAUUUUUCCAGUCAAUCCAGGUAUAGAAGGUAAACAUAAACCAGGACAUGCAUAAACAUUAUUCCUACAGCCAAGUUUGGUGUUACAAAUGAACUGAGCCUAUAUAAAAGUGUGAAACCUAUGGUUCCUAAUUUUGCACUAUAUAAUAAGUUGAAAAGUUUCUUAUAUAAUUCCUGCUCCCCAAGUUUAUUUAUCCUAAUGCAACCAGGACAUUUCAGCAGCAAUAUCAUCUGUUUAUUUGUAUGUCACAUUAUAAUAACUGAAACUGUUGCAAAAUAAAUCAUUGCACCACUUAAAGACCAUUUGCUAACAAUUACACUGAAUAUCCCCAACUUUUUCAUAAACAGUCCCAUCAUCUCUCAUUAACCAUAUACUAAGGCUUAAAAAGAGAGAAAUGAUCCAGUUAGAAUCAGACAAUGUAUUUUGGCAGAAAUUCAUCUUAUCUAAUAAUAAAAUAAUAAAACUUUAUUUAUACCCCGCCACCAUCUCCCCGCGGGAACUCGGGCAGCUUACAUGGGGCAGAGGCCCAAACAACAUAGGACAAAAUAUAGGCAACAUAAUACAAAUCACACUAUAAAAAGAUAAAACAGUAAUACAAUAUAUCAAUUAAAACAAAAAUACAGGAUAAAAAAUUGCAUUUAAAACACAUAAAUGGUAAAAUCGUAAUAAAUACAGGAUAGAUUAUUAAAAACGCUCUGGGGCUGAUUAAUUAAUGACUGUAUCUAUAAAGGCCUGCCGAAACAUCCAAGUCUUCAGUUGUUUCUUGAAGGAAGGUAGAGAGGGAGCCAACCUAAUCUCCCUGGGGAGGGAGUUCCAGAGUCUGGGAGCCACGGCCAAGAAGGCCCUCUCUCGUCCCCACCAAACGCAGUGGUGAGGAGGGUGGAAGUGAGAGAAGGGCCUCCCCGGAAGAUCUCAGUGAUCGGGUGGGUUCAUAGGGGACUACGCGGUCAUGAAGAUAGGCAGGUCCCGAACCAUUUAGAGCUUUAUAGGUAAUAACCUGCACCUUAUAUUGGGCCCAGAAUAUAAUCGGCAACCAGUGGAGCUGCUUGAACAAGGGGGUUAACCGCUCCCUAUAAGCAGCUUCAGUUAGUAAUCUGGCUGCCGACCGUUGUACCAACUGCAAUUUCCGGACCGUCUUCAAGGGAAGCUCCACGUAGAGUGUGUUACAGUAAUCCAUCCUUGAGGGUAACCAGAGCGUGGACCACCAUGGCCAAGUCAGACUUCACGAGGUAUGGUCGCAGUUGGCGCACUAGCUUUAGCUGUGCAAAGGCCCUCCCGGCCACCGCUGACACCUGAGCAUCAAGUGACAGCGAUAAGUCCAGGAGGACCCCCAAGCUGCGGACCUGCGCCUUCAGGGGGAGUGCGACCCCGUCAAGCACAGGUAGCCACCCUAUGCCCCAAUUAGCCUUACAACUGGCCUGGAGGACCUCUGUCUUGUCAAGAUUGAGCUUCAUCUUGUUGGCCCUCAUCCAACCCAUUACAGUGGCCAGGCACUGGUCUAGGAUCCGAGGGGCUUCCUUGGAAGUAGGUGGAAAGGAGUAGUGGAGUUGAGUGUCAUCUGCGUAGAGACCAAAGCCGUCUCAGUGCCAUGACCAGGCCUGAAGCCAGACUGGAAUGGGUCAAGAUAAUCGGUGGCAUUCAAGAAUCCCCGGAGUUGAGAGGCCACCAUUCGCUCCAAAACUGAAACUGAAGAUAAUCUUAAAAGCAAUUCCUAAAUGGAACAAUUAUUUCCCCAAGCCAAAUAAAGUAGGCCAGACACACAGAAGGAAACAAGUCUGUAAGCAUCUACACAUACAAAGGCAUAUUUUGUAUACAGAUUGCCUCAGUGGAAUGCCUUCACAAUGUACAAAAUGUCUGAAAAACCCAUAGUUUUAUUGCAUUUUUGCAUACACAUCCUCCAAUUUGUAGCUCACAUAGUUUUGACGAGUGGUUGCUGGUGAUUCCCAUGUCAGUUAGGCAAUAAAUCCAUCCCAGGUUUUAAUCUAUACUUUUAAAUGACUAAACCUAUUCUGGAGAUAGGAUUCAACACUUUGAAUCAUUUUGUAAAAGUUCAGACUCAAAGAGCAGAGCAGGUUUACCAUGGCACUGAAAUGGAAACCACUAGCAGUUCCAACAACAUGGAUGGUCUGUUGCAGGAGUCAAAUUGGGUCUGAAUGCAAUUCCUGUCUCCUUCCCCAAAGGAACAGCAUUCUCUGAUAGUACAUAUGCUAAAGUUUAGUGACCUUGCCACACAGCCAUCAGAAUUGCCCCACAUUGUCGGGGGUGUUGGAAACCUGGUGCCUCAUGCCUGCAUUACCGGGCUCCAGUUAAGGCUGAUCCCAUGGGGAGAAGCAUCAAUUGCAUGGCUUCUUCCCAUGGCCUCCCUAGUUACCACAGCAGCGGCAUACACCACCUCCGCCCUGCUUCACCCAUGGAUCCCUGCCUGCAUCAUUUGAUGGGAGCUGGCAGGCUCUAUGGGUGAUGUAGGGCAGAGCUGGCAUAUGCUGCCGAAAUUCUGCCCUUGUAAUGAGGUCGCAAAUCUUGGAAUAUUUUUUUAAAAAAAUAGUACUCCUUUUUUCUGAUCGUCCAACAUCCCAUUAUCAGAAAUAAUUUACUGGAUUGUUACUAACAUUUUGUUAUUACUGUUAUUAUUGUGUUAAAGCAGUGGUUCUCAACCUGUGGGUCCUCAGGUGUUUUGGCUUACAACUCCCAGAAAUCCCAGCCAUUUUACCAGCUGUUAGGAUUUCUGGAAGUUGAAAGCCAAAUCAUCUGGCGACACACAGGUUGAGAACCACUGUGUUAAGGAGAGAAAAACAGGAAGACCAUCUGGUUCCCUCCCAUUAUUGAUCAUCACAAUUUUGAAUUGACUAGCUUGCCCUGACUCAUCUUUCAAUCUACAUUGAUAUGGAACAACAGACCAUGUGGCUGCCAUAUGAAUUACACAGAGAUGUUUUUGGCAAGCACACAGAAGGAUUUCGUCACUCAUUAACUCUUCCUUCCCCAACUCCUUUUUUCCCCAAGCAAUUUUUCUAAAUCACAGAGCUGAGCCAGUCUUAGUUGCACCCACACUGUAGAAUUAAUGUAGUUCUCUACCAUGGCUCAAUUCUAUGAAAUCAUGGGAGUUGGAGUUUUACAAAGUCUUUAGCCUUCUUUGCGAAAUAGUGCCGGUGCUUCACAAAACUAUAAUCUGCCUCCCCUGUAUUCAUGGGUUUUCCACAUUUGUGGGGAUGCUGUCCCUCUAACUUCUGUGAAUGUGGAAGGCUGAAUGUAUCUUCUUUUCUCCCACUUCCUCUUUGAACAAUAUCCCAAAAGAAGAAUCACACGAAUAGCCACUAUAUGGCCUUUUCUUCUAACCUUUUACCAUUGCUUAGAGUUAGAUUGAGUAGCUGCAUACCUAACAAUUAACAAUUGGCAGAAAUAUUGUCAAAUUACACUGAAAAGUAGUUUGUUAUUGCCCUAGCAAAAUGAGGUCUCUUUCUUUGCUGCAAGAAAAGAAGUAGCUAGCAAAACAUCUUAUUGCAAGUAAUACAUUACUUCCAACUCUGCUGCUGACCUUGUAUUCACCAGAACUUGUGUACAUAAGGUGUGUCCAGUCACAAUUCCUGUUGAUUCUUCGUGCCAGCUCUGCUAGGUUUCCCUUGCUGUGAUCAAUGAACAUAUUACUUAGAAGAAAAAUGAACUACAUCUUGCCACAAAUAUAGUGGCAAAAUAUUUUACUUGAUGAAAAAUAAAUGCUUUUAAAGUGUUUGCAUAGAAAAUAUUUUUGUGCUUAGAACAAUAUUUACUGCACAGAAAACAAUUUGCAGUUUUCUGAGCAGGAAAUUUGUUUUCUACAUUGUGAUGAUGAUGAUGAUGAUGAUAUAAUUUAUUACCCUCCUCUCCCUUUGGCAACAUAAUUAAAACAAGGGAUAAAACAAUAAUAAAAGACAUAAAACAAAAUACAUAGAGUAAAAUACAAGUUAAACUCCAUUGUACCAAAAAACUUGUUCUCCACUGAUGGAACUGCAAAUAAUCUUGGGAAAUUGUGUAGUUUUAAAUGAGCACCAACCCCCAGAGUCAGACAUGACUGGACUUAACAUCAGGGGAAACCUUUACCUUUACCUUACAGCAAUGCCAUUGGAAAAAUAAAUUUGACACAAAUUUAUUGGUUAGCUACCAUUGAUCAAUAGGGUUGACCACCUGUUGGUAGAUGAGUUGUAGUUUUGGCCUCUGCUGGAACCCCAUGGGAUGACAGGGUGUCCUUUGUCACCAGGGCUGCAGAAGGGUCUCUCCCCUGCACCAGGUAGAAUCCUCAUUCCACCCACACUCCCCAAUAGGAGAUCCUUAGCCAGUAUCUUUGAUCCAGGACUGAUGUCAACCAUCCUUCCAGUUGUGCUAAACGUAUGAACACAAGCACAUAUAUAAGAAUGCAACAGCUUCUGGAAAUUGAAGUCCAAAAUAUCUUGGAGUACUGAAGAAGGAAAACCGCUGUUACAGAAUAAAAUGCAGGAUUAUUCUACUUUUCAGAUACAUCCAUGUUUCCAAUAUGUGAGCCUCAUAACAAGCAUUAUAUAAUAUGCAUGUUCCAUGGCAAAGCAAACAUCUCAAAUAUUCCUUAGGCCAAACUACAUUUUGUAAAAAAUAUACAAAACAAUGCCUGAAAUACUCAUGGAAAAGUCCUAUAUUUUCAGUUUGUCUUGUUUUUUUGUAGAUCUGGAAGAUUGAUUGUGCAUUUGAAGAAGGGCUGAAUAAUAUUCAGAAUAACCUUAUAGUAAAACAGAGUAGCCUUAUAGUAAUCACUGUUGUUGAACUUAGGAGUCUAAAAUCAUGCCAGUCCCAGUGUUCUUUCUAUCUUAGAAAGACUUGGUGAAUGACAGAAAAUUAUAUUAGGACCUGCCUCUCAGGAUAAUGCAGCAAUUUCUCUCUGAGAGUAAAACCUAUCUUUUAACUGUUUUCCCUGUUUUUCUGUACCUCCUGAACCUGAGUGGGAGAAGCAAUUAAAGAAAAAUCUUCAUUAGAAACAAAGAAAGACCAAAAAGUUUUAAUCAGUUGUCUUUAUAAUAUACCAUUCCAGUGGUUUUCUAAUGAAAAACUUGAAAAUAGAUUGUUGGCUUGCCGGUUUUCCAGUUCACAAUGCCAUUGCAUUCAUGCGACAUGUAUCUCAUAAACUGUAGUAUCUGGAAAACAUAUAGCCAGCCAGUAUAUAAUGCAAUUUAAAAGUUUAAAAGAUUAAUCAGAAGGUUGUAUCUUUUGCCAGCCAAGUGUCUCAAGUACAAUUGGUGCAGAAAUCUCCCUUUAAUAGCUUCUGCACUGGCCUUAAUUUUAGAUAUUACAACCACAUUGCACUUUGUAAACAUUCCCCCAGAUGUUUUUAAACAGAUGUUUUGGAUUAGGACCAUUUUUAAUUUAAAAAAAAACUAAAAUAACUCUUCAAUGUCUACCAAGGUACAAUUGAGGGUGAAAGGGCAACAUUUAUGAACAACAUUUGAAGAAUGUUACUGUUCUUUAAAAAGAUCCCCUAUACUAGAGAUGGAAAUAAUAUUCGUAAUCAUUUGUUCCCAGGUUGAAAAAUAGAUUUCCAAACAGCUUGUAGCCCCCGGUGGCACAGCAGGUUAAACCAUUGAGCUGCUGAACUUGCUGACCGAAAGGUCAGCAGUUUGAAUCUAGGGAACGGGGUGAGCUCCCACUGUUAGCCUCAGCUUCUGCCAACAUAGCAGUUUGAAAUCAUGCAAAUGUGAGUAGCUCAAUAGGUACCAUUCUGGCAGGAAGGUAACAGCACUCCAUGCAGUCAUGCUGACCACAUGACCUUGGAGGUGUCUACAGACAACACCGACUCUUCAGCUUUGAAAUGGAGACGAACACCAACCCCCAGAGUCAGACACUACUAGACUUAAUGUCAGGAGAAAACCUUUACCUACCUAAACAGCUGGGAAACCCUGUCACAAAAAAUAAGAGACCAGCAAGAAUUUAGUAUACCUCCCACCCACCUCAGUAUUUGAUUCUGUGAAAAAAUCCAUUUUGCGAUAUUCAGCUAAGACGAGAUACUGUGAAGGACUUUUUUUUUUCUCCCACUGCAAAGAGAUGAUAAUGGAAAUGUACUCUCCUCACAUGAAAUAGAAAUAGAGUUACAUCUUUAUCCUAUACCGAGUCCCCGCUAGCCGCCCCGAGUCCCCGCUGGGGAGAUGGUGGCGGGGUAUAAAUAAAGUUUUAUUAUUAUUAUUAUUAUUAUUAUUAUUAUUAUUAUUAUUAUUACAUAUCUACUGAGAAGCAAGUCCACAGCUUGGGAAAGCCAUUGACUACAGCUUCCAGUGACCCUCAGCCAGAAUGGUUACUGGGCAUACUGGUUUUUAAGCAAAUUCCACUGAAUUCCAUGGACCAUAUCCCCAAUAAGCAUGCAUUUACUUCCAUACACUUGGGAAAAAGAUGAAAGGAGAAAGGCAUGCCCAGCUUUAACAACACUUCCUUAAAAGGAAUGGUCAGAUCAGUUAGCACUAAAACAUUGUACCAAAGUUUGUGCACAGAAGUAGCAACAUAGUAGUGUGCUGAAUGUAAAGACCCUUUAAAACAAGAAUGAUAUAUAAAAUAUAUGGGCCACUGCAGCACUUUUGCAAUCCAAAAAUGUGACUUCUGUAUUUGCAUAUGCUUGCUGCUCUUGCAGAACUUGGGUGUGGAGUAGUGUGGCAUCUAAGACAAUGCACACCCUUGCAAAUGUUAUUGGAUUGCAACUAUACUCUGUCUCGCUAGUAUCACUAGUAAUGAGGACUGGAUGAGAGUUGCAUUCCAACAACAUCUUAGCCAUGAAUUAUCCAACUUUUGUCUAAUACAGAGUUUCUCAAACUGCUCCCCCAGAUGGUCUGGACUUCGGCUCCCACAAUUCCUAACAGCUGGUAAGAUGACUGGGAUUUUUGGGAGUCGAAGUCCAAAACAUUUGGAGGAGCACAGUUUGAGAAAUACCAUUAGUAUGGCUUCAAAAGAGUUAACUUUUUAGAGAUAUGCUGUUUAAAAAUCCACAUCUUCUUUAACUCUCUAGCUCCUUUGUGUAUGUGUGUGUAUAUAUGUAUGUGUAUAUGAGUGUGUAUAUGUGUGAGUGUUUAGCUGCUAUUAUUAAUGUUUUUGAUAAAUAUAAUGAAUGAUGACAAAAUGAGAACUGAAAAAUUCACUUUGGGUCCAUUUGUCCAGUGUGAUAGUGUAGAAAUACCUUUUGACAGUGCAAAAUAGAACCUAAUAACUAUGUUUUAAAAUGUAAUUUAGUCAACUGUGAUUCUUCUACAUAGUAUUUAGUUUGUAAUCCUCAUUUAUCAUUCUCAAAAAUAAAUCUCAGUUGUCAACUCAAGAAACUAUUGUUUCACCUACUUUUAAAAAAAGGGAAACUAUAAAGGCAAAUCAAAAGGAUUUCUUUUAAAAUUGAUUUAAUAAGUAUCUGCCAAGUUUUGGUAGCAGAACCCUUGAGGAUAACAACAUUCCUGGAUGCUCAAUUCUCAUAUACAAUGGUAUAGUAAAAUGACAGGCUUUAUAUAAAAUGGCAAAACCAAGGUUUGCUUUUUGGAUUUAUUAAAAAAAACAAUUUUCAAGGCAUGGAUGAUAGAAUCUGUGGAUACAGAGGACUCACAGUAUGGGCCCCCAGAUUGAAAUAGUUCUUUCACAUGUAUUAUAAAGAAAAUCAUGAUAUGUAAAUGCAGCAUGCUUUUUGUCAACUAAACCAAAGACUAGCCUGGAUUAAAUUUCAUAUUUCUCAGACAAUCUAUAGUGAAUGGCAGAAUUGUAAACAAAUUUCUGCUAAGAUUUUUGAAUUGCUCCAUUAAAAAUGAUUCUACAAUGCCAGUGCCUGGAAAAAAAAAACAAUCUGUCUACCUCUUUUUGCUCAUCUUGCCAGUUAGUUACUUAAACAUGUUAAUCUCAAGUACCUUGGUUGUUGGAGAACCAACAGUUUUCCUCUUCUUCUGCAAAAGGCACAUUUUCAGUGACAGGCACAUGGAUUCUAAAACAAAUUGACAUCUCAUUGAAAACAUUCCUAGGAAUAACACACAAUACCUACAUUUCUUUUCAAUGUUUUCACACUUUCCGUUUGUUGAUUUUUCAAGCUUAAAAGGUAAGGCAUACUCAGAAUAUCUUAUACCUAUCUUAUAUCUGUUAUAUUGCUGAAGCAACAGAGUAACAUUUCACAAGCUGUCCUUGAUGUGAAGAGGUCUGUUAGUACAGUAAGGUAAUUCUCACUUGAGAUAAGUCUCACUUUUUUCUGUGCCGGAAAAGACCAAAGUAAGAUACCAUAUAUUCAAAAACUCUGCUGCGACCAUUCUCUGUUCAAGUGCCCCUUUCUUAGCUUGCAACUAAAGCAAUUUCAAACGAAGUCUUUGACAUGCAUUGUGAUGUUGGCUUCCACCUUUAAUUUUUUUUACAUCAUACUCCCUUUCCAGUGUUGGAUUAUCUCUACCAAUUUCUUAAACUAAUGUGUUUAAGAUUGUGUAUUUUAUAAUAUUAGGCUGCAAUUUCUUCCCAGAUGUUUUUAUUAUCCCACUGAAAUCUAACAGUAUAUUUUAACCAGCUGUCAACUACAUUCUGUUUGUUUGUUGGGGAGGAAUGUAUUGAGGUGAUUUUCUUAUCUUUUUCUACCCAUAUAUUUUUUUAAUUUAUGGGGUUAAUGAUAAAACUAGAUGUUUUUAACAUUAUUUGAUCAAAAUAUUUUUGUAAUGUAAUAUAUAAAUAAAAUGGUUAUGAAUUUAUAGCACAA